AUUGAAUUGAUGUUGGGGGGUUUCCAGGCGCACGCAGCCGAUGAGGACCUCUGUUUUAACAGAAACGCUUCAGGUUCCUUUCGAACUUCUCGCCCAUCCCCUCCAUCUGCGACAGGAAGAGCCGAUUCACCCACUCCACGGUGGUCCUGCUUCCAGACCCCCCAACGCCUUCCGAUAGGCUGCGAGAUGCGCGCUCUGGGAAUCGCGCGCCCCCGACGUUUCAGCACCGCGGACAGCUCGCGCUCGAGCCCACCAUUUCAUUGGAACGCUGCGCCUUCAUUCGAGGCAGAAGGACCCGCAGGAGAAGACCGCGAAAACGAGGCAAACGCACCGCGUCGAGAAGACAUAAGCGGCAAAAAUGCGAUGAAAAGAAGCGUCGCUCCGAAAACUGACAAAUGAACAUAUUUAUUAUUUGAUUUUAAAAAGGGUUAUUUGAAAAGCGGUGAGUGCAGAGGACUGCGUCAGAUGAGACCCAUUUAAGGAACAGGAAGGCGCAUUCCAAUGCACUGCUGAGGAGACCACCGGAUGGACGAGAGGAGACCAGACAGUCGGAGGCGCACACCGGACACGGCGUUCAUUUUUGUCAGGGGCGCCCGGCUGCUUCGGUAAUCUCAAAAUGCGGGUCAUCCUGCUGGCAGUUAUUUGUUCUUACUCCUUUGCCAGAGGAAGCUGCGAUCCUAAAAUUGUCAACAUCGGCGCCGUGUUGAGCAAAAACCGUGAGAACAGCUUCAGAGAGGCGGUGAACCUCGCCAACAAGAGGCAUGGCACCUGGAAGAUCCAGCUGAACGCCACCUACGUGUCCCACAAGCCCAAUGCCAUCCAAAUGGCUCUGUCGGUGUGCGAGGAUCUCAUCUCGAACCAGGUUUACGCCAUAUUAGUGAGCCACCCUGGUGCCCCGAAUGAGCUCAUGACCCCCACGCCUGUCUCCUACACGGCCGGCUUCUACCGCAUCCCAGUGGUCGGGCUGAUGACACGGAUGUCCAUUUAUUCUGACAAGAGUAUCCACCUGUCGUUCCUGCGCACCGUCCCGCCGUACUCCCACCAAGCCCACGUGUGGUUCGACAUGAUGCGCGUCUUUCACUGGAACCACAUCAUCCUGAUCGUGAGUGACGACCACGAGGGCCGAGCCGCCCAGAAGAGGCUGGAGACGCUCCUGGAGGAGAAGGAGACCAAGAAUAAAAACAGGAACUAUGAAAACCUCGACCAACUGUCCUAUGACAACAAGCGAGGACCCAAGGCCGAGAAAGUUCUGCAGUUUGAACCCGGAUCCAAAAAUGUUACCUCACUGCUGCUGGAGGCCAAGGAACUGGAGGCCCGAGUCAUCAUCCUUUCUGCCAGCGAGGACGAUGCCACCACCGUGUACCGGGCAGCAAUGUCUCUCAACAUGACUGACUCUGGCUACGUUUGGCUGGUGGGAGAGAGAGAGCUUUCCGGGAAGGCACUGCACUAUGCCCCCGAGGGAGUGAUUGGCCUUCAGCUUAUCAAUGGGAAGAACGAGACGGCUCACAUCAGUGAUGCCGUGGCGGUGGUGGCACAGUCCAUUCAUGAGCUGUUUGAGAAGGAGAACAUCACCGACCCGCCACGUGGCUGUGUGGGCAACACCAAUAUCUGGAAAUCGGGACCACUUUUCAAAAGAGUCCUGAUGUCCUCCAAGUAUCCCGAUGGAGUGACUGGAAGAGUGGAGUUCAAUGAUGACGGGGACCGAAAAUAUGCCAACUACAGCAUUGUGAAUCUGCAAAAUCGGAAGCUGGUUCAAGUGGGGACGUACAACGGCAGUCACGUUUUAUUAAAUGGUAGGAAGAUAAUCUGGCCAGGAGGUCAAACCGAGCAGCCACCGGGCUACCAGAUGUCAACGAGACUCAAGAUUGUGACGAUACACCAGGAGCCGUUUGUCUACGUGAAGCCGACCCUCCUGGAUGGGACGUGCAAAGAGGAGUUCACAGUAAACGGAGACUUAAUUAAAAAGGUGAUCUGCACGGGCCCCAAUGAGACCAUCCCAGGUAACAAAACAGGUCGCCCCAUUGUGCCGCAGUGUUGCUAUGGAUUCUGCAUUGACCUCCUCAUCAAGCUGGCCAAGUCCAUGAACUUCACCUACGAGGUCCACCUGGUUGCGGAUGGCAAGUUUGGAACUCAGGAGCGGGUGAACAACAGCAACAAGAAGGAGUGGAAUGGCAUGAUGGGAGAGCUGCUUAGCGGCCUGGCCGACAUGAUAGUGGCCCCUCUGACCAUCAACAACGAGCGAGCCCAGUACAUCGAGUUCUCCAAGCCUUUCAAGUAUCAGGGGCUGACCAUUCUGGUGAAGAAGGAAAUUCCUCGCAGCACCCUGGACUCGUUCAUGCAGCCCUUCCAGAGCACCCUCUGGCUGCUGGUGGGGCUCUCUGUGCAUGUGGUGGCGGUGAUGCUUUAUCUCUUAGACCGCUUCAGUCCGUUUGGGCGGUUCAAAGUGAACAGUGAAGAGGAGGAGGAGGACGCCCUGACUCUGUCUUCAGCCAUGUGGUUCUCAUGGGGUGUCCUGCUUAACUCUGGGAUUGGCGAAGGAGCCCCUCGUAGCUUCUCGGCCAGGAUCCUUGGAAUGGUUUGGGCUGGGUUUGCCAUGAUCAUUGUAGCUUCCUACACUGCCAACCUGGCUGCCUUCCUGGUGUUGGACAGGCCGGAGGAACGGAUCACUGGCAUCAAUGACCCACGGCUUCGCAAUCCAUCCGACAAGUUCAUCUAUGCCACGGUCAAGCAGAGUUCAGUGGACAUCUACUUCCGGCGGCAGGUCGAGCUCAGCACCAUGUACCGGCACAUGGAGAAGCACAACUAUGAGAGCGCAGCAGAAGCCAUCCAGGCCGUGCGGGACAAUAAGCUCCAUGCCUUCAUCUGGGAUUCUGCAGUUCUGGAGUUUGAGGCAUCCCAGAAGUGUGACCUGGUCACCACCGGGGAGCUCUUCUUCCGCUCCGGCUUUGGGAUUGGCAUGAGAAAGGACAGCCCAUGGAAACAGAAUGUCUCCUUGAACAUCCUCAGUUCUCAUGAAAAUGGAUUCAUGGAAGACCUGGAUAAGACAUGGGUGAGAUACCAGGAAUGCGACUCACGCAGCAAUGCUCCUGCCACUUUGACCUUCGAGAACAUGGCAGGUGUCUUCAUGCUGGUUGCUGGAGGCAUCGUUGCUGGAAUCUUCCUGAUAUUCAUUGAAAUCGCAUACAAGCGGCACAAGGAUGCCCGGAGGAAACAAAUGCAACUUGCGUUUGCCGCGGUCAACGUCUGGAGGAAGAAUCUGCAGGACAGUAAGGAGGUUCCAGGCAGGGAGGUACUGGGCCGAGCCGGGACUCCGAGAUUAGAUAGAAAAAGUGGUAGAGCAGAACCCGACCCCAAAAAGAAAGCCUCUUUUAGGUCCAUCACUUCCACCUUGGCCUCCAGCUUCAAGAGACGUAGGUCCUCCAAAGACACGAUCGAGUCCCACACAGGAAACUUACUUUCUUCUCUGCAGCAGUACCACCCUACCGACAUCACAGGACAGCUGAACCUCUCGGACCCGUCGGUCAGUACCGUGGUAUGACCGCCACUCCCCCUCACCGCUGGACACUGGACACGUCUUCGCACAGCCCACCCAAACACGCUUAUCUCACAGUCCCAGCAGAAGCCCACCAUCUCCCACCACGUCGGACUUUAGGCCACGGACCGCCGCCUCCGGUGGACUCAGUCCUGCAGCCGAGGGGGCUCACCUCCAGCUUGGCCAUCUGAUGUCCAUUUGGGGGGCUUAAAUGUCACUGUCUACCAUGCAGCGGCCUGUGACUCUAAGGGGGAAGCGGAAAGAAAAGAUUUUAAAAGUGGAAGUGGAGUGGCCAGUAUGGACGAGACGUUGGGGGUCCGAUGACACAGAAGGAUCACGGGGUCUGCUUCUAGGGUGGACCUGUUUUAGAGUUUCAGGCUGCCUCCACGGGACAGGUGGGCAUCCGGCAAGACGAGCUGCAGGCUGCGCCGCCACUUCGCCCCCCUCAUCCGGCCCACUUGCUACACUCACAUUUUCUGGCGGAUUUUGUCACGAGGAGGACAUCAGCGGUGACCGCGUGGUUCUGAUUUGGGACACAAAUGCUUGGUACUUUGAGCCCCCCAGACUGCCCUUCUAAGAGGAGGGGACUUCUUUUUUUUUAAUAAGAAUCAAUGUAGCGCCUUGACUUUGGUCUCAGACUUCGCUCCACAAGGGGGGUGCCAUAAUUGCCCCGUUGAAAACACUCACUGGCACUGAAAGUGAGGGUGCAGGCUUCACAGCUGGCACUGUUUGGCAUGCUUGGUACGCUCUGGACUCCUUCAGGUGACACGAGGACACAACACAGUAGAGACGAGAGAAGAGAAGGAGACAGGGAACAUCGUGGAAACAGGAGGGGGGAUCAACACUGAGAAGGCACGACGGGCGGCCUAAGGAGAUGAAGAACAGAGAGUGAGAAGAAGAUUCAAAAAUGACAGAAGUAACAGAAAAAUGAGAAAUUGGAAUGAUAAAAAAAAAUCACGAAAGACAAAAAAAAAAUUAAAAGUGAGAGAAAAUGAGAAACCAUUAAAAAAAAAAAGGAGAACCUACUUAGUGGACCACGAAAAGUAAAUCCAAAGAUGAGGACAGAGAAACACGAAAUGAGAAACACAGAAGGACUGAGAAAAGAAAAAAAAAAAGAAAAAGGGGGGAACUUUUAAAAAUAAAGAAAACAUUGAGGGCGUGGACUUGAAGUGGGACCAGACAAUCAAAGUGGGAAACGCCAAAGACUGGAGGACUGCGGAAACUCGAAACAGAGAGCGAAACACGAGACACCAUUUGAAGUGUGAAAAACGAGAACCUGGAAUGAGAAACAACAGCGAGAAAAAAAAGACAUUUAAGGACAGAAAAUGAGAAACCACCCUGCAGAAAAUACAAGGACAUGAAAAAGUGAGAGACACGGAAAACUGAGGAGAACUGAGGAGAAAAAAGACACAGGAAGGGAGAGAAAAGAACAAAGACAUGCUUAGAAAAACGAGAAAAGGGAACGAGAAAUGAGAAAUGUACGUCAAAUAGACAACAAAGAGAAAUGAGAAACUGGGCCAGCGAAAUGAAAGGAACAGCAGAGAGAGAGAGAGAGAAAAAGAGAGAGAGAGGGAGAGAGAGAGAGAGAGAGAGGGAAAGAGAAAGAGAAAGACCGAGGGAGACAAAGGGAGAGAAAGAGAAGGAGAGAGGAUGAUGAAAUGAGAACUCAUCAAAUAGACAACAUAGAGAAAUGAGAAACUGGGCCAGCGAAAUGAAAGGAACAGCAGAGAGAGAGAGAAUGAGAAAGAGAGAGACAGAGAGAGAGAGAGAGAGAGAGGGUGAAGAAAUGAGAAACAGUGAAGUGAGGAGAGCUGAGACAAUGAGAAACACAGAGAGUGUGAAGAACAAAUAAUAAGGAGGUGAAAUAAAUGAAAGUGAAGAUCAAGAAAUGGAAAAGAGGAAGGAGAAAAACAGAGGGGACAAAACAGAGAGAAAUGACAAAGGAGGAGAGUGUAAACAAAACAAACAUCAAAGAGAGAAUGUUGAAGUUUGUAAAGAGAACAGAAGAUGGAGAGAAUAGGAAAGCGGAAACAAGCAAUGAAUGAGAGUUAAAACCCAGAAAGAGAGAAAGUCAAUGAAAUGAGAAAUCCUGUGGAAAACUGAGAAAAAUGAAGGGGGAUGAGCAAAUGGGAGCGGGCCUAAAAUAAUGAAAAGACCUAGAAAGUGAGAAAUGAAGGCGAAUGCUGAGGAUGAGAAGGAGAGUGUAGAGCGUCCAAAAUGUAAAAGUAAAGAAACCGAAGGAAUGAGAAACGCGAUGUGUGGAACGCCGUCCUCCGUUAUUCAGAUCACACCAUGGAAAAAAAAAAAGAAAAAUCAAAGAGAAAAAACGCAAAUCAGUAAACGUGAGAAACACCAAGAAAUCCCCAAAGUAGACGAUGGAGUAAAGGAGUCGUCCACACGAGAGCUACGACUAGGAAUCAAAAGUAAUUAACGACACCUCGGGUGGAGAAUCGGAGGCGUAAGAACAUGAAAAAGAGACGUGGAGACAGGAAAUCUCAGAGUGAGAACAAGAAAAAGCAAAAUGAAGAACAAAACAAACAGAGAAAAUGGGAACAAAAAAUGUAACAGCAACACCAAGACAGGAGGAGAGACGUGAUCAGGUAUCGGAAACAAAGCCAGAGGCGCACAAAAAAGGCCACCGGGGCCCAAGCUGUAGAGUCCGUGAUGGCUGUGGGAUGGUGAGAGACUGCAGCAGGUGACCGGUGUGACGUUGGUGACACAUUUCUUGCGAUCUUCACCACCCACCUCUGUUUAUACCGCAGGUUUGCCAGCGAGUCUGCCACCUGAAGCCCAAUCUCCACAUCGCUGAAGACCCAUCCAGCUGACAUCGGCGACUUCCCUUUAACACUUGCAGUCCCGGCGAAUCUCAAAUCUUUUCUUCAAGACGCGUCCUUUUUUUCUUCUUCUCUGUGGUGUCGGUCUGUGCCAGUGGAACACAAAAGGCUUCAAAUAAAUCAAACCCUCCAGCGA